AUGGCUUCAACGAGCACGCCAGAACAGAAAGUAAUCCUCGUAGGGGACUUUGGCGUUGGAAAAUCAUCACUUUUCAGGCGUUAUAUGUGUGAUACCUUCAUAAAUUCGAACGAUAGAAAAGCCACUUUAGGUCUUGAUCAUUACUCGAAGACAUUUGUAGUUAAUGGACGUAAUUUGAAAUUAUUAUUGUUUGAUACAGGAGGCAUGGAAAGAAUUGCGUCUGUGACUUCAUCAUAUUAUAAAUUCGCUGAAGCUGCAAUUCUAUGCUUUGCAAUGGACAACGCCAAUUCGUUUCAUAGCUUAUCACAGCAUUUAGUGGAUAUAACGAUGUUUGCUGAGAAUGCUAGGAUCUUCCUAUGUGGAAAUAAAAUGGAUUUGCCGUCGGAAGUAACUGAUGAUGAUAUGCAACAGUUCUGUGAGCAAUGUCAUGGUUUAAUUCAAGGAACAUUCAAGACAUCAUGCAAAAAUAAUUUAAAUAUUAACGAAAUGUUCACUGUUAUAGCACAAAGUCUGUGUGAGACCAACCGUUCAAGAUUAGAGCUGCAAGAACUUGAACAUCAUGGCUUUAAAGUUCAUCCACCAGAAGAAAAUGUCGAGAAUUGCUCUUGUUAG